UGUGACGGUAGUUUGAUCGGUAGCUUUUAAUCUAUAUUGUGAACUCCCGGUGUUUCGUGAAGUGGAAAGAUGGGUGUCCCCAAGUUUUACCGCUGGAUCUCGGAGCGUUAUCCAUGCCUGAGCGAGGUGGUGAAGGAGCACCAGAUUCCAGAGUUUGAUAAUCUGUAUUUGGACAUGAAUGGCAUCAUUCAUCAGUGCUCCCACCCAAAUGAUGAGGAUGUGCACUUCCGGAUAACAGAAGACAAGAUCUUUGCUGAUAUAUUCCAUUAUUUAGAGGUGCUGUUUCGCAUCAUCAAACCGAGGAAGGUUUUCUUUAUGGCUGUGGAUGGUGUAGCUCCUAGGGCAAAAAUGAACCAGCAGCGGGGGAGACGGUUUAGAUCAGCAAAAGAAGCCGAAGACAAAAUUAAGAAGGCUUUAGAAAAGGGGGAAACCUUGCCAACAGAAGCUAGAUUUGACUCCAAUUGUAUUACUCCUGGAACAGACUUUAUGGCUCGCUUGCAUGAGCAUCUAAAGUAUUUUGUAAAUAUGAAGAUUUCCACGGACAAGACUUGGCACGGAGUGACAGUUUACUUGUCUGGGCACGAGACUCCAGGAGAAGGUGAACAUAAGAUAAUGGAGUUUAUACGAUCAGAGAAAACAAAGCCUGAUCAUGACCCUAACACGCGGCACUGUCUUUAUGGGCUAGAUGCUGACUUGAUAAUGCUUGGUUUAACAAGCCAUGAAGUACACUUUUCUCUUCUACGAGAAGAGGUUCGCUUUGGUGGAAAGAAAAAUCAAAAAAGAAUUUCUGCUCCAGAGGAAACUACAUUUCACCUUCUUCACUUGUCUUUAAUGAGAGAAUAUAUUGAUUAUGAAUUUUCAUCUUUAAAAAGCAAGAUAUCGUUUGAAUAUGACAUAGAAAGGAUAAUUGAUGAUUGGAUUUUAAUGGGAUUUCUUGUAGGCAACGAUUUUAUCCCUCAUCUACCUCAUUUGCAUAUUAACCAUGAUGCACUGCCUCUAUUGUACAGAACAUAUAUUAGUGUCUUACCGGAACUUGGAGGUUACAUAAAUGAGAAUGGCUAUUUGAACUUGUUGCACUUUGAGAAGUAUCUUACAAAGCUUUCAGCUUUCGACCGAGAACAUUUCAGUGAAAUCUUUGUUGACCUAAAAUGGUUUGAAAGCAAAGUGGGCAAUAAAUACCUCAAUGAAGCUGCUGGACAAGCUGCCGAAGAAGCUAGAAAUUGUAAGAAAAAGAAGAACAAGGUUGCUGAAGACUCUCUAUGUUUAAUUGCAUUAGAGAAAGAUGAAGAAGAAAAUUCUAAAUGUUUAGACGAAGAUCCAGAUGACGAUGAUCUCUUUGAGACGGAAUUCAGACAAUAUAAGAGAUCAUACUAUAUGUCAAAAAUGGGAGUCGAAGUUGUUUCAGAGGAAUUUCUGGCAGAACAGGCUGAAUGCUAUGUCCAGGCAAUACAGUGGAUUUUGCACUAUUAUUAUCACGGAGUCCAGUCCUGGAGCUGGUACUAUCCUUAUCAUUAUGCACCAUACCUGUCUGAUAUCCGUAAUAUCAGCCACCUGAAGCUGAAUUUUAAUUUAGGGAAUCCAUUCAUGCCAUUUGAGCAGCUGCUUGCUGUUCUCCCUGCUGCUAGUAAAGAUUUGCUGCCAUUUGCUUAUCAGAAACUGAUGACCAGCGAAGAGUCCUCAAUUAUAGAUUAUUACCCUCAAGAUUUUAAAACUGACCUAAAUGGAAAGCAGCAAGAGUGGGAAGCUGUGGUUUUAAUACCUUUCAUUGAUGAGAAAAGAUUGCUGGAUGCUAUGGAACCCUGCAAUAAGUGCCUAACAGAGGAAGAAAAGAGUAGAAACCAGCACAGUGAGUGCUUUAAGUACUGGCAUGAAAAGGAGACUGAAUUUAAAUACUUCUCACCUUGGCCAGAGAAGUUCCCAAGCGUAGAACGUUGUCAUGCAAGGUAUAAGGCCAUAUCAUUGGAUGCCUGGCACGUUGCUAUGGUGAAUAAUAAAAUAACAAAAGUGAACAAGAGUGCUUUAUAUUUUUGUGGCUUCCCCACUUUGAAGCACAUCAAACACAAGUUCUCUUUGAAGAAGACUGGCGUGCAGGUAUUCCAGCAGAGUAGUCGUGGGGAGAAUAUGAUCUUGGAAAUCAUUGUGGAUGAGAAUUCAAAUGAGCAAGAUAAUGCAGAAAGUGUUGCUGCUGCUGUUCUUGGGAAAUCAGUUUUUGUGAAUUGGCCUCACCUUGAAGAAGCCAGAGUUGUUGCAGUUUCAGAUGGAGAGUCAAAGUUUUAUUUAGAAGAACCAUAUGGAAUUCAGAAGAUUUACAAUGAAGGCGCAGUGCCACCAGUUAAAGUGGUUUAUGUUCGUGAUAAAGAACAAAACAUCUGGGUGAAAGAAGUACAGGGAAUCACUGAACACUACCAAAGAAGAAAGGGCAUAAUUAUAAGUGAGACUUCAGUAGUGUUGUAUGGUCAGCUGAUGACUGGAAGACGUUAUCAGAUAACGCAAAAUGGAGAAGUUCACCUUGAGAAACAGUGGUCCAAGCAAAUUCUUCCCUUUGUGUACCAAACUAUUGUUAAGGAUAUAACAGCGUUUGAGUCUGGUGUCUCUCAUUUCAAAACCCUGAAGGAGCUGUUCUCUCCUGGAAUUUCUGUUUUUAUGUUGGGGACACCCUACUAUGGAUGCAUGGGAGACGUCCAAGACUCCUCUGAUGUUCUCAAUGAGAACAGAAUCCGUGUGCUUUUUAACAUUCCUUGUGAGCCACAGUUAGAUGCCUUAAUACAGAACCAGCAUAAAUUUUCAGUUAAAUAUAAUCCUGCAUAUGUCUUGGCAAGCCGCCUUGGAGUGAAUGCAUACUUUGUUUCAAGAUUUACAGGGACCAUUUUCAUUGGCAGAGGUUCGAAACGAAAUCCACAUGGAGAACAAAAGGCAAAUGUGGGCCUGAAUCUGAAGUUUAAUAAGAAAAAUGAAGAAGUUCCUGGCUAUACCAAAAAAGUUGGAACAGAAUGGAUGUAUUCCUCUGCAGUUGAACUAAUUAUUGGGGAAUACAUAGAAAGGUACCCUGAGCUUUUUUCAUAUAUAUCGAAAAACAGCCACGAUGACGUGUUCUACGAAGAUGAUAUCUGGCCAGGAGAGGAUGAAAAUGGAGCUGAGAAGGUUCAAGAGAUUGUUUCGUGGCUGAAGGCUCAUCCUGUCAGUUUGCUGUCACGCUCAUCGUGUGAUUUGCAGAUCUUGGAUUCUGCUAUAGUUGAGAUGAUUGAAGAAGAGGUUGCAAAGUGCAAGUUAAGAAAGAGCAACAAAAAGGUGCGAGUGACUGUGAAGCCUCAUUUAUUGUUUAGGCCCCUAGAGCAGCAACAUGGUGUUAUCCCAGACAAAGAUGCAGAUUUCCGUCUGUUUGACCGUGUUGUUAAUGUACGGGAGAGCUUCUCUGUCCCAUUGGGGCUCCGAGGCACCAUUAUAGGAAUUAAAGGAGCUGAAAGAGAAGCAGAUGUCCUCCUUGAAGUCCUAUUUGAUGAGGAAUUCCCUGGUGGAUUAACAAUAAGGUGUUCUGCAUCCAGAGGCUAUCGUUUGCCAACUAGUGCCUUAAUUAACUUUUCUCAUGGUAUCCGUACAGAAAAUGGAGGGCAGAAACUUACUGCUAUUGUUAAACCACAACCAGCAUCCAAUCACUCUAUCCCCUAUUCCCCUGAAUUUACUGGAGGAACAAAAAAAGAUCAUAUGGGUGCUCUUAAUCACUCUCCCCGCUCACCUUUUGUUCUCACAAAGCAGCUUAAUGGAACGCAACAUUUUCAAGGAAAUGUCAGCUCUCCACAGAGAGGUUUUGUUUCUGCCAGUAAUCAGAAACAAAAGCAUAAACAAGAUGAUGAGUUCUGCAAUGUGUGGCAGUCAUUACAGGGCGCUGGGAAGUUACCACAUGCCCAACAACACAUGCAGGACAAGGGUUCAAGUCUACCUCAGGAAAAGCGGGCUGGCCAUACUAACCAGUUCCAGAAACCAGUCUGUGCUGAGAGCAGUCCAAAGUGCCAAUCAAGAAAGCAAGAUCCAGGCAGAAAAGUGAAAGAAGAUUUCAAGUUUCCAAGAAAUGAGAACCAACAGGAUGUAUUAAAUAAACCGAAUAUUUCCGAUCCUAUUAAACAUAUCAAGCUUCUAAAGAGAAAUGACUUUUCAUCUGAGAGCCAGAUGGACAAAACCAACCCAAGCAGUGCAGAAGGAAAGCAAAACAGUGAGCUUGAGAAUUUAAUUUCACCACUGAAGAUUGCAGAAAAAGAACAGUCCCCAGCUGCCAUGUCCACAGAGGAAAAGAGUUCUCAAGAAGAGCAUUUGUCCCCGCAAUCUUUUGCUAUGAAAGGAACACAAAUGUUGAGGGAAAUACUGAAGAUUGAUAGCUCGGAUACUGCAGAUCAGCCUAAGGAUAUUAAAAAGGACUCUCAGAACCGGCAACCUAAGCAGAUUGCUGCUCAUAUGAGCAAGUCUCAAGGAGCAGGACCAUAUGUUGGUGCCUCCAACUCAGAGCUACUACGAUCACCUCUUCUUUCACAGCCACCACCUAUGGGUACCCCAGUGUCUGAACUCUCACGUAUUUGUUCUCUUGUUGGAAUGCACCCACCAGAAUUCUCCUUCCUGAGAACGCCGCAGGCCCUGACAGUCUGUCAAGUGAAGCUGUCAAGUGGUUUGAUUAUACAUGGUCCUCAGUGUCAUGCUGAAAAUGAAGCUAAGGAGAAAGCUGCAUUGUUUGCUCUGCAAAGGCUGAGCACAAUUGGAGCUAAUUUCCCACUUCAGCCUCCACCACCAUUGUUUCCAAGCUACCAACCCCUUGCAGCCCCUGGGCCCAUCACUUCAGUUUUUCCUCAACCAACAGCGAAUAUGAUCCAUGCUUCGCCUCAUGUUUUUGGCACCGUACCAUGGAGGCCCACAGUGCCACUUCAUAAUAAUCCAUAUUACCAAGGUUCUUAUCCUGGAAACUCUCCACUUGCUGGACAUUUGCCUGCUGCCAGUCACAGCCAGUUCAUACCACUUCAGGUUACCAAGCAAAGAGUAGCUGCUCCUAAAAAUAUGGAUUCCAGAGAGCCAUCAAAUGCUUACCAUGGACAUUUAAAUACUGGUCAGAGAUUUGUUCCUGAUGUGAACAGUCAGAUCCCACUGGAUAGUUCUUCCGCAAGUUCAGUAUCUCCACAAACUGCUCGCUCAUCCACAGUGAGCAAAUCAUCACCUGCCUCUGGUACUCCUCAUAGCAAAUCAACCCCUGGUUCUUCUAGCAGACGAAAACCAAGAAAACUAGCAGUGAAUUUCAGUGCACCAAAAGGUUCACAAUAAUAAACAGAAAUGGACCAUUAAAAAUCCAUUUCAUCCACUGUGCAAUAUUGCCUUAACAUUGCUGUGUACAGUAGGCAUGUGCUGCUGUAUUGUACUUUAACUUGUGUGUUUUUAUUUGAAAGCUGCUAGUAUAAGUGUAAUGUUAGAUAUAUGAAUCAUUUUCAAGUUGCAUUUUCAUAAAGUGUUAGAAUUCCAGAAUUAUUUGUAAAUGUUUAAAAAGUAGCUUUCUGGGACACUUUUUUUUUUAAGCAGCCAAUCUUUGUGGAUUCAUUUGAUGGUUUAUAAUUCAGCAGCUGAGAAUUCAUAAGAGAAUAUGUGUUUAAUUGCUGAUAAAUUAAUUUGAUGUAUUCAUCGCAGAAUUAUGUCGGUAUUCUGUCAAGUGCUUCAUUUAAUACAUUUUCAGGUGUUUGUAAUACAUUUGACCUUUUUUUGCAGUUAAUAAUGUAUGAUUUUAUUUUUUUUUGCCUUUUUGACCCAUGCAAAUCAUAGAUAUAUUUGUAAAAAAAAAGUUACUUUAAUUAUCAGCAUUGAUAUCAUUUUAAUGCAAGAACACAGUGUUUUAUCUGCUUUUAUUGUUUAUAAAGCAUACGCUGAGGAGCACUAUAUUUAUGGGAGGUUUUUCUGUAUUCUUAGCAUAGUGAAUUUUUGCUUUAUAUCAAUAUUUUGCCUUUUUUUUCCUGCUAAAAAGACUGCAGUCAUUUUUUUGUUGUUUCUUUCAGCCUGUGUUGAACUGAACCUACUUUUAAUACACUGAUUCAGUAUGUAGCGUACCCUACCCUCAUGUUCCCGGAGCUUUGAAAAUAUUUGUUUGCAAAAUGCUUUUAUGAAUUGUUUUUCUUUUAAAUCUGGGAUAUUUUUUUAAUUACUGGAUUUUUUCAUUGGAUAUUAUACAGAACAGUAUUUUAUUAAAAAAAAUGAAAGGGAAGACUUUUAUGUGCUCAUUUCUCUAUACUUUCUAAAGAAAUAUUUUUUUUAUUCACUUUUUUUUCCUGCAACUUGACAAAUAUUUUAAAGUGUGUGGCAUGUGCUGUUAAUUGUUUUUUUUAAUUUGGCAUGAAGGUAAAAGUCCAUGGCAUGUACCGAUAACUUGUUUUCAGAUUUCAACAUUCUGAAAUUGCAAAUUUAUACACAAUUUGAAUUAAAGAUUUAUAAAAUAUUAA